GUCCACGCAAGCGCUUCACUGUCUCCACCACUCCCUCCACUUGUUCAAUAAAUGCACAUGUGAAAUAUUGUCAAUAAUUUUAUUAAUUUGAGUUUACUGAUGAGUGAAAUGCAGUGACCAAGUGCGAAUGAAACAAUUAUGUCGCUUUUUAAACCAACUUUUUCAGUACUACGCAGAUGUGUGGCAUUGAAUGUUUCCAUUAGAACAUCAGAAAGUCGCUCAAUAAAGAGAUGGGUGGCCCCCACUUUGAAAGAGCUGUACAGGAGAAGAGAGAAAGUCGGGCCCGAGCCAGAAAAACCCAGGUCUUCUUACUUGGAAUGGAAUUAUGAAGCUGAAGUAUUUGCCUUUGGAAAGCGCCUGGGAGAAGAAUUUGAUAGGGAUAUCUUGAAAAAAGCGUUGAUACAAAAAGAAUAUGCUAACAUUCAAGAAAUUAAGGCAAAAGAAACUGGUCAAAAUCUUCCCACAAUAACUGACAAUUAUGAACUUAUCCCAGAGGGAGAUGGAAUUAUUUCAAGCUAUGUUAUGACAGAGUUAUCCAAAAAGUAUCCAGAAGAUAUUGCCAAGGCAGUCACAAAUUACUUGACAUCAGAAGAAAUGCUCUCCUAUAUUGCUAGCCACAUAGGACUGAAAGACUUGAUUCUAACAAAUGAAUUCCCUGUUGCAAACAGCACCCUAUGUAACACAUUCAAAGCUGUUGUAGCUGCCCUGAAACAGUCCCAAAAUCUGGCCCAAGCUGAAAAGUUCAUACAUGAUUUUGUUUUGAGCCAGUUGAAUGGAAAAAAUGUGUAUGAAAUUUGGGAUCCAAAAGAACCUUACAAAUACCUAACAAGACUAUUGCAUCAAAGGGGAAUUAAGGAGAUUGAACCAAGGCUGUGCAAUCAGUCUGCAUCUAAUACAGUUCUGGCUUGUUUCCAAGUUGGACUCUAUAGCAAUAGAGAACUCUUAGGCAUAGGGUGGGGUGAAAGUGUACAUAUUGCAAAGGAUACUGCUGCUUUGGAUGCAAUUCAAAGAGUUUACAAAAAUUAUACCACCCAGCUGGAGAACAAAUGAUUAUAACAAAGCAUCCUUUGAAGAGAAAUAGCAUCUGACUCAUUGAAUAAAUAAAAGUUAUCUAAUUC